UGGCUGAAAGGUCACAGAGACAAAAGGGGAAAAGCCAGCUCAUCCAAGAGCAUCCUCCCUCAUUCCCUUUGCUUAUUCAUUGGAAAUAUGCUGCAGGACGACAAAGGCAGAUUGCCUGUGAUGUAGGAGAGAGAGAGAGAGAGAGAGAGAGAGAGAGAGAGAGAGAGAGAGAGAGAGAGAGAGAGAGAGAGAGAGAGAGAGAAUCACAGCAGUGGUGGAUGGUGCUUGACUGCAGAUCAGUCAGUAUAGCUGUGAAAGAAAAGAGCUCCAGUUAUACUGAAAAAACAGGGAAGAAGAGACAGAAGGCGUGGAGAUCUCAGAAGAAAAGGGAGUGGAAGAUUUAACAUUGCAUGGAGAAUUGCAAAGCUCAGCAUCCAGCAGUAAAUCAGGAGCUUGCUUAUUAUUGAUUGAAGCAGCUCUGCAGCUAUACAGUACAUUACAGUCUGAAUCCUUAUUCUCGCUGUCCUCCCAGAAUCACCACCUUGUCCGGUACCAGGCUUCUCAUCUGAAUUCCAGUCCAGAUAUACAAGAUGAACUAUCUACGGCGACGGCUCUCGGACAGCAAUUUCAUUGCAAACCUGCCCAAUGGCUACAUGACUGAUCUCCAGCAGCCGGAGCCCCAGCAACCUCCACCCCCGGCCCCUGCCCCCUCCUCCACAUCUCCUGCCCCGGAGAGGAGGCAGAUCAGCCCAUCCCCUGGAACCGGCUUCUUCAGCUCCAUCUCCAAUGCUGUAAAGCAGACGGCCGCCUCAGCCGGACUGGUGGAACAGACCCCCACCUCCUUGACCAAGAAGUUCAAGUUGCUGCUUGUCAUUGACGAGCCUCACAAUGAAUGGGCUAAAAUGUUCCGUGGGAAGAAGGUUCAUGGAGAUUAUGACAUCAAAGUGGAACAAGCCGAGUUCUCUGAGAUCAACCUGGUGUCUCAUGCUGAUGGUACCUGUAAUGUGGACAUGCAAGUGUUUCGAAAUGGCACCAAGGUUGUCAGGUCAUUCAAGCCUGACUUUGUCCUCAUUCGACAACAUGCCUUCAGUAUGGCAGAGAAUGAAGAUUUCCGUAACAUGAUUAUAGGACUGCAGUACGGUGGGGUUCCCAGUAUCAACUCAUUGGAGUCCAUUUACAACCUCUGUGACAAGCCUUGGGUGUUUGGCCAGUUGAUCAGCACCUACAGGAGCUUUGGUGCUGAGAAAUUCCCCCUGAUAGAGCAGACCUUCUACCCGAACCAUAAGGAAAUGAUAACAAUGCCUACAUUUCCUGUAGUUGUGAAGAUAGGGCAUGCUCAUUCAGGCAUGGGGAAGGUGAAGAUAGACAAUCACCAUGACUUCCAGGAUAUUGUCAGUGUGGUGGCCCUCACUCAGACCUACACUACCAUAGAGCCUUACAUCGAUUCCAAGUAUGAUUUAAGGAUCCAAAAGAUUGGCGACAAUUACAAAGCUUACAUGAGGACUUCCAUCUCUGGAAACUGGAAGACAAACACAGGAUCAGCCAUGCUGGAGCAAGUUGCCAUGACAGACAGGUACAAGCUAUGGGUGGAUACCUGUUCAGAGAUGUUUGGUGGAUUGGAUAUUUGUGCCGUGAAAGCCCUCCAUGGGAAGGAUGGAAAAGAUUAUAUAACUGAGGUAAUGGGUUCUUCUAUGCAACUGAUUGGGGAGCAUCAAGCGGAGGACAAGCAGCUCAUUACUGACAUGGUCGUCACCAAAAUGAACCAGGCCGUGCCAAGGACGCCAAUCCCUUCACCACAGAGACCCACUGCCACCCAGCAACCCCAGAGUGGAGCAUUAAAGGAAGGCCAGCCUGACCACAGCAAGAUCCCACCCCAGCGACCCCCACCUCAAGGGGGCCCAGUGCAACCCCAAGGAUUGCAAUCUCAAAGUCAAGCGCCACCGUCAGAGCAAGCUCAGAGCCUGUCUACACAGGGAGCCAGUCCCCCGCUGCCCCCUGCCCCUACCACACAGCAGCCCCAGCCCCAGGCACAGGGGGCUCCCCCUGCAGGAAAGACGGAAAAGCAACUGAGACAGCCACCGUCUCAGCCUGCCCCUCAGCAGAAACCUCAGCCACAUCCACAGCUGAACAAAUCCCAGUCUUUGACCAACGCUUUCAACUUCACGGAUUCCUCCUUCUUUCGCUCCAACAAUGAAGACGAAACCAAAGCAGAGAGUAUCCGGAAGCUACGGAAAUCCUUCGCCAGCUUGUUUUCAGACUAGCCAAACACCUGAAAAAGAUGAAGCUGAAUGUUCAACAGUGAAACUGUAGUGUAUAUCUAUCAGUGGUCUAUACUGUGAACCCUAAAGUGAAUGACCUGUCCCUUGUGUUAUUAACCUUAUUGUUGAUUAAGCAAUAUAUACUGUAAAGAUGCAAUUGGUUAUCAUGAAGCGCAGAAAUGCAUAUCUAGCAAAAGACUAGUGAUAAAACCUAGGUUUGUAUGCUGUUAUUGAUUUUUGGUACUGGAGUGGUUCAGCUAUGGGGGGAUCCUUUAGAUUCUCCCAUUGUGAUGUUGUGGCCUUAUUGUAACUGUGUAUUUUCUCACCAUAAACAAAUUGUUGUAAUUGGUAAUGAAACACUUUCCUUCCAUCGUGUUUAAAGGUUUGUUAAAAUAGAAUAUUGUUGUUUUCUAGAAAGCAGCUCUGUUGCAGUAAAUCACUGUCAGUAAAAGCGAGACUGAACCGUCACUGUUCUUGCAGAUAUUCGACAGAGGAAAUGCACAUUUCAGGUCAUUGUUGUCUGUUUUGUGGCAAUACUUCAUAUCCUCUUCCAUUCUUGAGGCAUCAUGAAUAAAUGAAUAUAAAACCUCAUGGCUCUGCUUAGUGUAGAAAUAUAAAUGCUGUGUACCAUAUAGUGAACCAUCUCAUCUGUGCUUCUACUGUUCAGUUCACACUGUGGUUAAACUUGUAUUUAAAAGUACCUUGCAUGGUCAAUGAUCUGACUACCUUCCUGUUCACUGUACAGCUGUCAAUAAAUAUGUUAAUAAAUAUGUA